ACUCUCGCAGGUUUUUCACCAUUUAAUCAGAGUAAACAUGGAGCCCAAAAUAUUUUUAAUUUAUUCCUUUCUUAUUUUCGGUUACAUCCAAGCAGAAGACGAUGUAAACAACAAAGCUUUUCCUGACGAUUUCUUGUUCGGUACAGCUACUGCUUCCUACCAAGUGGAAGGUGCAUGGAAUGAAGAUGGGAAAGGAGAAAAUAUUUGGGAUCGUCUAACUCAUACCCGCUCUUCGUUAAUAUCAGAUGGGUCAACUGGUGACGUUGCUUGUGAUUCUUAUCACAAGUACAAAGAGGACGUCGCCUUGGUAAAAGAAUUAGGUUCUCAGCAUUACCGGUUCUCAUUGUCCUGGUCAAGGAUACUACCCAAUGGUACCGCCGACGUAGUGAACUUAGCAGGAGUGACAUACUAUCGUAAUCUUAUAAAAGAAUUAAAAGACAACAACAUUGAACCACUAGUAACUUUGUACCAUUGGGACUUGCCUCAAGUCUUCCAGGACCAAGGAGGCUGGCCUGAUGAAUUCAUAGUAGACAAAUUUGCUGACUAUGCUAGGGUCUGCUUCGAGUUGUUCGGAAGUGAUGUGAAAUACUGGUUGACAUUCAAUGAACCGAAACAGACAUGUCUAGGAGGAUACGCCGAUGGAAGCAAAGCUCCGGCCUUGCAAAAUCCCGGAGUUGCGGAAUAUAAGUGUACGCAUAACGUUCUAAAGUCGCAUGCGAAGGCCUGGCACAUUUACGAUCAGGAAUUUAGAGCCACUCAAAACGGCAAGGUUUCCAUUACCAUCGAUACGAGUUGGUAUGAACCCGACAGUAACAGUGCUCAAGAUGAAGAAGCCACCGAAAGAAAGCGAAUGUUUGAGUUUGGCUGGUACAUUCACCCCAUUUUCAUCGGAGACUAUCCAGAAGUUAUGAAAACUCGCAUAGCCGCACGCAGUACCGCUGAAGGUUUGAGUGAAUCUCGCCUCCCCACCUUCACAUCGGAAGAGGUAGCUUACAUCCGCGGUACUCAUGAUUUCCUUGGUUUAAACACUUACUCUACAUCUAUGGUAAAAGCCAUCGACGAUCUUCCAAUCGGCCAAACUAGUUUUUAUAAUGACGUAAGUGUGAAUGAGUAUCAGCGCAGCGACUGGGAAACAGCUGCUUCUGGUUGGCUUAAGAUAGUACCAUGGGGCAUGAGAAAAUUAUUGAACUGGAUAUCGAAAACCUUCAAUGAUCCACCCAUUUUAAUAACCGAAAACGGUGUAUCUGAUUAUGGUGAUGUAGAUGAUACAGUCAGAGUUAACUACUAUAGGGAUUAUCUUAGUAAUGUAAGAAGUGCCAUGGAAGACGGAGCCAAUGUAAUUGGCUACACAGCGUGGAGUUUGAUGGAUAACUUCGAAUGGUACGCGGGAUAUACGGAAAAAUUCGGUCUUUACAAAGUAGACUUUAAUAGUCCCAACAGGACCAGGACACCUAAAACUUCCGCUGCAUAUUACAAAAAGGUCAUUCAAACACGUUGCUUGGUUGAUUCUUGUGUAUAAUAUAAUGACAUAAUUUUGAGUAUAAUAAUAAAAAUAUCAAUUAUUUCUU